AUGUUUUGGGAACAUUUUGGGAAUUCUUUGGGAAUUUUUUGGGAUUUUUUGGGAAUUCUCUGGGAAUGUUUUGGGAAUUCUCUGGAGAAUUUUUUGGGGAAUUUUUUUGGGAAUCUGGGAAUUUUUUGGGAAUUUUUUGGGAACAUUUUGGGAACAUUUUGGGAAUUCUCUGUUAAUUUUUGGGAAUUCCCAGGCUACGAGCUGUCCAAGCUGGAGAGCACCGUGGGCUCCCCGGAGAAGCCGCUCUCGGACCUGGGCAAGCUCAGCUACCGCAGUUACUGGUCCUGGGUGCUGCUGGAGAUCCUCAGGGACUUCCGGGGGACCCUCUCCAUCAAGGACCUCAGUCAGAUGACCAGCAUUACUCAGACUGACAUCAUCAGCACCCUGCAGUCCCUGAACAUGGUGAAGUACUGGAAGGGGCAGCACGUCAUCUGCGUCACCCCCAAACUGGUGGAGGAGCAUCUCAAGAGCGCCCAGUACAAGAAACCACCCAUCACCGGUCAGUAAUUAACGCUCCUCGUUAAUUAACCCUCGCUAAUUAACACCCCUUCUUCAUUAACCCCCGCUAAUUAACAUCCCCUCCUUAAUUAACGCACCCCUCGGGGAUUAACUGCCGUUAAUUGGCGCUCCUCAGUGAUUAAACGCCGUUAAUUAGCGCCCCUCAGUGGUUAAACACCAAUAAUUAACGCCCCUUCUUCGUUAAUCCCCACUAAUUAACACCCCUUGGUGGUUAAACGCCGUUAAUUAGCGCCCCUCGGUGGUUAACUGACGUUAAUUAGCCCCCCUUGGUCGUUAAACGCCAUUAAUUAGCACCCCUCCUUAAUUAACCCACGCUAAUUAGUGCCCCUUCUCCGUUAAUCCCCGCUAAUUAGCGCCCCCUCCUUAAUUAACGCACCCCUCCAGGAUUAACUGCCGUUAAUUGGCGCUCCUCAGUGAUUAAACGCUGUUAAUUAGCGCUCCUCGGUGAUUAAACGCCAUUAAUUAGCGCCCCUCGGUGGUUAACUGACAUUAAUUAACACCCCUUCUUCAUUAACCCACGCUAAUUAACACCCCCUCCUUAAUUAACGCACCCCUCGGGGAUUAACUGCUGUUAAUUGGCGCUCCUCAGUGAUUAAACGCCAUUAAUUAGCGCCUCUUGGUCGUUAAACGCCGUUAAUUAGCGACCCUCGGUGGUUAACUGACGUUAAUUAGCGCUCCUCCUUAAUUAACCCACGCUAAUUAGUGCCCCUUCUUCAUUAAUCCACGCUAAUUAACACCCCCUCCUUAAUUAACGCGCCCCUCGGGGAUUAACUGCCGCUAAUUGGCGCUCCUCAGUGAUUAAACGCCGUUAAUUAGCACCCCCUCGGUGAUUAACUGAUGUUAAUUAGCGCCCCUCGUUAAUUAACCCACGCUAAUUAACAUCCCUUCUUCAUUAACCGCCGCUAAUUAACACCCCCUCCUUAAUUAACGCGUCCCUCGGGGAUUAACGCGCCCCUCAUUAAUUAACCAAUGCUAAUUACCGCCCCUCGUUAAUUAACCAACGUUAAUUAGCGUUCCUCGAUGAUCAACCGCCGUUAAUUAGGGCCCCUUGGUGGUUAAAUGCCAUUAAUUAGUGCCCCUUGUUAAUUAACCACAGUUAAUUAGUACCCCUCGGCAAUUAAAAGCCAUUAAUUUGCGCCUCUUGUUAAUUAACUGCCGUUAAUUAGGGCCCCUUGUUAAUUAACAGCCAUUAAUUAGCGCCCCCCCCAGUGUGGGGGGAUGGUUCGGUCUGGGGGUGCCGGGGUGAGGUUGGUUCGUUAAUUGGUGCUUGUUAAUUAGUCGGUUUGCUUUAAUUAGUUGUGGGUAAUUGGUGGGUGUUUGGUGAGGGUUUUAAUGAGUUUUUGUGCAGGAGGACACUCGUUAAUUAACAUGCUUUAAUUAAUUAAUGGUGGUGUCCCCCCCCGUGAUUGCACUGAAUGGUUCGGUCCAAAAACCCCCCCUGAAGUUCCCCCAUUAAUUAACAGCCAUUGAUUAAUUGCCUUUAAUUAUUGCAGUCUCUUUAAUGAAUUUCUGUGCAGCAGCACGCUCGUUAAUUAACACAAUUUAAUUAAUUAACAGUGGCACACCCCCCCCGUUAAUGGCUCAGUCCAAAAACCCCCCUGAAAUUCCCCCAUUAAUGAACAGACACUAAUUAAUUAAUUGCCUUUAAUUAUUGCAGAUUCUUUAAUGAGUUUCUGUACAGGAACACGCUCGUUAAUUAACACGAUUUAAUUAAUUAAUAAUGACACCUCCC